AUGAGUCUCAGUCGAGGGAACAUACAGGAGGCUAAUGAGCACCUCAAGCAGCUGCACCAGAAAGUGUUUGAACUCGAGAACCAGAUACAAAUGCAAGCCAUGCACAUUGACGAACUACAAAAGACAAACUUUGAACUCCAUAGAAAACUUCAGGAGACCGCCUCUGAGAAAGAAAGCGAAACUACAUCAGAACUGAAAAAACGACUCCAAGACUCGGAAGAGCAGGUAGUAAAGCUUCUCUCAGCUGCCCAAGAGAGAGAUGUGGCCAUGGUGAGGUUGGAGGAGAAAUCAAGACUGUUUUACGAGGCAGUGGAACACAAGGGCGCUCUUGUUAAGAUAGUGGAGGUGUUGGAAGAACUGAGUAGAGACAGUACUGUGGAGAAUGUUAGCAAGAAUAGCGAACAGUAA